UUCUCAAAUUUCUCAAUGCAAAAAUAUGGGUGUAAACGGUAGCGUGACCGCUCUCCUGUUAUCACAUGUCCUGUGUCGUACUAGGAUAUGUAGUAUAGGCUAUAGUCUAGCGAGUGCUACGAAUGCUACAAAAGACUUUCUAUCCUUUUCCUUUGAAAUAAAACGAAGCAGAGAAAGUGUUUUGUAGUAUUCGCAGUGCUAACUGGACUAUAAUGAUCGUACGAUAUAAUAUGACCUUUUAAUGCUUAAGAUUUAAUAUAUAUUUAAUUUAAUACAGUUAAGUGUCUCGAAAUGUUCUCCGUAAUAGUUAAGAACAACUUUUCGUUUAUGUAGUUGUUUUGAGUUUGAUUCCAAUUCUACCCGUGCAGAAACAAAAGGAUCAGUGAGAAUCGCGUUUGUGUCACAUGUUUUUGUUAGUAUGAGUAUGUAGGAUGAUUUUAAUGCGCUCAGUUGGAGAUUUGACGUGCUUCAGUAAAAAGAAAUUAUUAAAUUUUAAAUUAUAAAACAUUUAUAUGGAAUGCUGUAUAAAACUAAUGUUUUGUAAUUGGUUUGAUUGUAUAGGUAAGAUGCAAUAAUUUAUAUUGUAUAAGGUAGAAUAAAUAUAGUUUACUUUAGUAACUAUAUGUAUAAUAUAGCAACUAUGUACUUAUUUUUACAUGUGGUGAAAAUGUUAUGAAAGAUCAUAAUAACUAUUUCACAAUUGUAAAAAACCAUUUUGUAAUUGAUUAUGAAAAAAAAAUUUACAUUUAAGACCAAAUCACCCUUGAAGACCUUGCAGAAGAUGGAUGAGCUACUUGGCAUAAAGAACACAGAAACCAUGGGUUUCCCUACCAUCCGCCUAUCAUUGAUGGAAACAAUAAAAAUGGUAAAAGAAGGACCACAGAAUCCCGCCCUUAAAAGUUCGAAUUGGCGAACGCCAGAUGAAGCUGCAGGAAGUAAUUUACUUUACCAGGUUCCAAUAACAGUAAUAAAAGGAAUAACAUCAAACAAAUUCACAGACUUUGAUCCGGAAAACUUGAGUGCGGAUGCACUAAAAGCAGAAGCAGAAUUGCUUUCUGCUGAGUUAUAUUCAUUAGAUAGUUCAUUAGAUGACGAAGAUUCUGAAGCAGAUGAAAGUAUAAAAGGAAAUCGAUUUAAAAACCAAAUAGAUAAAAUUACAGAAAAACAGCAUGGUCAAUCAAAAUCAGCAGUUGAAAUAAAAGAUUGCCCUUUAUCGAGCUUCAAAGGAUUUCAGUUAGGGCAAUUUGUUUCUACUCAUGGCAUUCACAAUAAGGUGAACGUUCACAAUUAUUUAACAAAAAUGAGUGAGAGUGAUUCGAUAGGUAGUUAUAGAAACAUAAAGAAGCAAAUUAUAGAAGCGGGCGUACAACAUGAAGAAAAACCAAAAAAGGGUGAUAUCUGCAUCAUAAAUCUUUUUGGCGCACUUAGCAAUGGCACAAUUGUGGAUGAAUGUUUUAACCGUCCUAUAUAUGUAGGAAAUCUGGAUAUAUGCGCGGGAAUAGAUAUAGCGCUACAAACAAUGCAUGUGGAUGAAUGCGCUAGAUUUGAAAUUGGUUCAGUACAUACUUUUAAUAAGUAUGGGCAAAGAACUGGCUUGGCACAUAAUGCAACUAUUUGGUACUUAGUUAAACUGGUAAAUGUGAAGAGAAAAAGCUCUGGAAAGCACAAAGAUAAACCUGCACAAAAUGCAUUCUUUCCGAUCACCCAAACAAGCAGUAGUUUUGUGCUGCAAUACUUUCUACAAAAUUGUUUUAUAUCGUUGGAAAAACACGGAAAGGAAUGGUUCCAUGAAAUUAACUUGGAAGCAGUCGCAGUAAAACCUCUAAGGACAUUACAGAGCAUCGCAUCCGCAGAAAUUAUAAUGGGAGAGUACCAGGAGGCUGCAGAAACUAUAAACUACAUUCUAGAACAUGGUGGUCCACCCGAUUCGGAAACUAAGUUUCUAAACGAUACAAUAAUCUUUUUCAAUAACCACAAAAAGGAUGUAGAAGCAACACUAUAUAAAAGAAGAAGAACUGAGGAGGAGUUUUGGCUUCCUAGAAGCACAUGGCCUACUAAUGAAUGUAAAAUUGAUGACGGAAAAGUAAUACCAAAAUCAAUAUAUAGAGAAAUUAAGAAAAUAAAGCGCUUUGCUUUAUAUACACUAAGGGUACUGGAAAAACGGGAACUUCGUUUCAGCGAAAAAGUUUUAUGGAUCCUGGCUAUAGGAGCAAGUUCCUUUACUCUUGGUGUAGCUGUAAAAAGAUUUUUUUUCUAAG